AUGAAAAUUAGUAAGGGCAACAACUCGAAGGUAUCGCUAGUGUACGGACAAAUGAACGAGCCCCCAGGUGCCCGUGCACGUGUAUGCCUUACUGGCCUGACUGUCGCUGAAUACUUCCGUGACAAAGAAGGACAAGAUGUGCUUCUUUUCAUUGACAACAUUUUCCGUUUCACUCAAGCCGGGUCUGAAGUAUCUGCCUUGCUGGGACGUAUUCCAUCUGCUGUAGGAUACCAGCCUACUCUCGCUACUGACAUGGGUAGUAUGCAAGAGCGUAUCACUACCACCACCAAAGGAUCCAUUACUUCUGUACAGGCCAUCUAUGUACCUGCUGAUGAUUUGACUGAUCCUGCCCCUGCUACCACCUUCGCUCACUUGGAUGCCACUACCGUGUUGUCGCGAGGUAUCGCCGAGUUGGCCAUUUAUCCCGCUGUCGAUCCCCUUGACUCCACCUCUCGUAUCAUGGACCCCAAUAUUGUUGGCCAAAAGCACUACGAUAUCGCUCGUGGAGUGCAAAAGAUUUUACAGGAUUACAAAUCUCUCCAAGAUAUCAUCGCUAUUUUGGGU